UUGAUCUGCGAUGGGAAACAGAACAUGAAAAUAUAAUUAGCUAACAUGUGGCUUGAAGUUAUUUCCAUAACCUAGGAGUUUUGCAAGUAAAGGGUUCAUAUUAUACUUUUAGAUGGAAAUUAAGGAUUUAUGUUCACUUGAAAAUCUGGAAAAGGAUGUUGUGUUAAAUACAUUGAAAGAAAGAUACGAUGGAAAUAAUUUUUACACAUAUAUUGGUGACAUCUUGAUAUCUGUCAAAUCCAAAAGAGAAAAUAAAAUCGCUUUUAAAGAAAUAUUCCAGGAGUACAAAACUGCAUUGUGUGUAUCUGCUCUCCCGCCUCACAUUUAUGGGAUUUCUUGUCACAUACAUCAAUCACUCACCAUUACUUCUGAAAACCAAUGUUUUAUUGUGUCUGGUGAGUCUGGAGCUGGCAAAACAGAAAAUGAAAAAUUAGUAUUUGAUCAAUUUUUAUCACUAUGCACAUCCAAUCAUCACCAGUUAAUCAGAAAAAUAUCACAGGUCAGCAUUAUUCUUGAAUCAUUUGGAAAUGCAAAGACAUCACUAAAUGAAAAUUCAACAAGACUUGGAAAAUAUUUUCAAUUGUUUUUUUCUGAAGCUGGGAAAUUAGAUUUUGGUUAUGUCACAGAAUAUCUUUUAGAAAAGUCAAGGGUUGCUUCGCAGAGGAAGGGUGAACAGAACUUCCACGUCUUUUAUAAUCUUUUUUCUGGAAGAACAGAUGAAGAAUUAUCAAAACAUCUUCUUGACUUGCCAACACAGCAUAGGUAUUUAAAGUAUGGAGAAGCAUUUGGAGAUGACAAUUUGUUUAUAUGGGGGCAAAGAUAUAAGUCCAUGUUAAACGCAUUUACUUUACUUGGUUUUGAGAAAGAGGAUUUGCAGAGUGUUUUCGGCAUAUUAUCAGCUAUUCUUAACGUUGGUGAUGUAAAGUUUUCUUUACAAGAUGAAAAAACAGGAGUUUAUGUGGAGAAUCUUGACUUACUUGAUAAAGUUGCAGUUUUACUAGGUGUUGAAUCUGACGAUUUGGAAUUGUGUCUAACAAGUAAUUUUGUCACAGCAAAAGAUAGUUCUGUGUCGUCAUUUAAAAAUGUUGCUGAAGCAAACCACUGUCGUGACUGUUUGGCAAAAGAUUUAUAUGGUCGUUUAUUUGGUUGGAUAAUAUGCAAGACUAAUAUGUUGAUAAAUCCUGAUAAUAUAAAGAAAAAAAAAUCUGACCUUUUAAAUGUUGGUUUUCUGGAUAUGUUCGGUUUUGAAGAUUACCAAAAGAAUUCGUUUGAACAACUUUACAUCAAUUCAGCAAAUGAACAACUCCAACUUCACUUCACACAGCAUGUCUUUGCACUGGAAAAGGUUGAAUAUGGUGAAGAGGAAUUAGACUUUCAACCCUUUGAAUAUAUUGAUAACAAAAGUCUCAUCAACUUGUUACUAGAGAAACCACACGGUAUAUUUGCAUUGGUUGAAGAAGAAAGCAAAUGUUUACAAGCUGAUGAUAAUUUAUUAGUUUCUGCACUGAAUGCACAUUGUUCUGAGCAUACUCAUUAUAUUGCAACAAAUUCUAAAUUUGCAAUCUUUAGCAUCAAUCAUUCUUUUAAAAAGGUAGCAUAUGUAGCCGAUGGUUUCUUGGAGAAAAAUAAUGAGAAGAUUGAACAUUCGCUGAUUGAAUGUUUAAGAGGUUCCCACAGCCAGUUAGUUAGCACAAUGUUUAAUUCAACAAUAACAAGGAUUGGUACCCUUUCCUUAAAGACCGGAACAGGAAAAGAAAAAAAUUAUCAUAACGAUUUAAGAAGUUUGUAUGAAAAAAGACAAAAAAAACGGUUGGAUAAUGACCGAAACUACAAUACGAAUAGAGCAAGCCAUAACACAAAAAUUAAAAACAAAAAGAUUUCAACUUCAAGAAAGCCCAAGCCCCCUGUAUCUAUGGCGAUACAAUUUAGGAAUUCCCUUGUUGAUUUAAUGGAGAAGGUACUUUUGUGUCAAGCUCAUUUUCUCAGGUGCAUAAAGCCAUGCAGAGCAAAAGAUGACGAUGCAUUUGAGGAUGAUUUUGUUUUGUCACAAAUCGAAUACAUGGGUUUGAUUGACACUAUAAAAAUUCGAAAAUAUGGCUAUCCUGUUCGAUUGCUUUUUAAAACGUUCAUUGAACGCUAUCGCUUCCUCUUAUUCCCAUUAUCAACCACUUUGGAAUACACUGGAGAAAACUGCGAGAAGAUUCUUAAGCAGCAUAAUAUAAGCGGAUACAAGAUUGGUAAAACUAAGAUAUUCCUUCAACUUGAUCACGUGAACACGCUGACUGAAGAACUCCAAAAAUUAAUAAGAAAAGUCACCACAACUCAAAAAAUGGUGCGUGGUCAUCUGGCGAGAAUUGAUUUUGAUUUCAUGCAAACCAAUCGAAAACAAGAAGAAAGGAAUUUAGGAAAUUUACUUGUUUCGAUUUCGUCAAAAAGCAAGAAGAUGCAUGAUAAUUUGAUUGCAUUAAAUGACGUUGAUAUCAAAAGACAUCACAAAGUAAAAGAGAAGGAGGGAAAGAACGAGCAAGAGAAAGAAAAUAUACAAAAACGAAAACUAACGAAAACAGAGUCGGAUAGCACUCGUAUUAAAGAAUCGUUACAAAGUGUUGCUGUCGAUUCUCCAAACAAAAAGAUUCCUCGCAGCAAGUCCAAACCACACGGUGAAGUGAUCAAAAGAAGUUUCACGGCGUCGUCAAUGUCGGCGUGGUGCCGUGUCGACUGUUAUGAACGACAACAUCAUGUCGCGUCGUUUAGUAUGGAUCAAACCGUCAUUUGCGUAGAAGGAACACACCCUGUUAGCGAUAAAAAUCGAAUUGCUUUCGCAGCAUUGCCGUCAAGAUCUGAAGACUCGAAAGUGGCGAAAGUGAAAAGCUGUAUAGGCAAGGGUGUCCAGUUGCACCAGGAUGAGCGACAAAAUCUAUGGGCAACUCGUCUCGGCAAAAAUCCGAUAUUCGUCCGUGGUCACACGUUAUGUCCAGAACUCGUGAAACUGAAUGGAAAGUUAACUCAGGGCGUCCCAAUGAAAGUUCUCGAUACGACUGCUUUUAAAGAAUACGUGAAAGAAGAAGUCGAAACAAAUGGAGGAGUCACUGACGAAGUGAAGGAGACAAUUAUAUCGAAACUAAAGGUUUGCAUGAGUUUUAUCAAAGACACAGUAGUUGAUGAGGAGACGCCAUGUUGGUUUGAGGUGUGGUUACUCAAAGUUCAAGAAAACGUCCUACGUUACCUUGACAACUUUAAGAAACGUCGCGAACAUGAAGAAAAAAGGAGAUCAUCUCAUUUUACACACAACGUCGUGCCGAUUUCAGAGCACAAACAACGACAGGACCCGAAAACAACAGGACCUGAAAUGCGACGUGCCAAAAGCGGGGAUCAUUUAAGAACAGCGGAAAGAAGACCAAGAAGCCACACUGCUAUUAUUCCAGGCACGGAAAAGACGCAAACAGGAGUUCUUCGUCCCAGACCUCCAUCGCAAUAUUAUAAUCCACCGGUGAGUCGAAUGGUAAUGGACCAGGAGAACUUACCGCGUAAGAUUUCUCACCAUAAUAAUAAUAACGGAAUGAAACGAGAAAAAAGUAUGGAAGUUAUAAGAAGAGAGAAGAGUAUGGACGUUCGACUUGAGUCUAGAUUGUUGCUUGAGAGGGAAUACAGAAACAGUAUGAAACUUACUGAUAGACAAUUACCGAAGAAACUUAAAAAAGGAAGCCCGGGACAAAGUCCGGAACAGUCGCUAUCGCGGAGCAGUAGUGCAAGCUCACGCAUGGAACCUAAAGACAGCACGAUGGAAAGUAUUUCCUCGAUCGAAAAUUCAAGUAGAACAAGUGUGAACUCUCGAUUAUUCAACGGCAAUAAUACGCCGAGCCCUCAGGAACCUGAUACUAAACGAGCAAAUUAUAACGCACCCAAAGAAGGGAUGAGUUAUCGGCAAGUGUUUGGGUUACAAUCGUCGGAUUAUUUAUUUAACGUCACGCCGCCCAAUUAUACACGACAUCGUCGUUUUUCUGACUCCGACACUGAGUCACUACAUAACUUUGUUCACAGAAUUAUCCCACAGGAUGAUUCUAAAAAUAAAGUCUUACAAAACAUUCAACCAAAAAAAUGGUUAAAAAAAGCACGCAGAAAGAGCGAAGACGUUCCGAAGAAAAAGGUUGUGGCUCAACUAUCAAAUAAAUAAAGUAGAAACUAUGAUCUUGUUUUAUGAAGUUUAAUUUUUUUUAUCGAUACACUUCUGUUUCAUUCAAUAUCCAUUUCAUUCAUAUGACCUUUUUUAGCAACGUGAUAAAACACAGAACUGUUGCGCAUGUAGUCUUCGUUAAGAUUCUUCAAUUUUUGUUACUAUCUUACGUCGUAUUAUUUAUUCUAUUUAUGUUUAUCUUCAACUUACUUAUUGUGCGCUUUCAUAAAGAAAACCUUUUUAUCAUGUAGAAUAAAUAAGAAUUAUUAUUUAA